CCUUGAGAUUUGUUUCCUUCGGUUUACCCCAGGCUCAGCGAUCGAAUCUCUCACAGUCGUUUGCUAUAUUCAAGCUCACUUUACCAUCAUAGUGGGUUAUUUAAAAUGCAAACUGGGCCUGCUUUGUCGCUCGCUCACGACUACCGAGUUCGUCGCUGAAUCGGUCGCUGUCAGCUCUAUCGAUCGGCGCGGCCACCAAUUGACCGUUGGAUCGCCGGCACCAUUAGUCACAUCAGCCAUGACCUCUCAGCUCCAGCGUCCGUCCUCGUCGCUUGCUGAUGACUCCGCUGGACGCAUGGAAGCGGCCAUGUACAACGACCCUCAGCGCAGAGCACGAUUCGAGGCGUACAGUCGUCUGCAGUCGUGCGCGGUGGCGUUCGGCGAGCAGCUGCCGCUGCCCGAGAUCGUGGUGGUGGGGGGGCAGUCGGACGGCAAGAGCUCGCUGCUCGAAGCCUUGCUGGGCUUCCGCUUCAACAUCCGCGAGGUGGAGAUGGGCACUCGCCGCCCUCUCAUCCUGCAGAUGAUGCAUCGCCCGGACGCCCUCCAGCCGCUCUGCCGCCUGCAGGACGAGCACUCGGACGCGUACGGCCCCGUGCUGCACCCGCUCUCCGCAGUGGCGGCAGCGCUCAAGCAGCGCACGCACGACCAUCUCAACGCGCUACGCAAGGCCAGCAGCGGAGCGCCUGCUGCGGGCUCUGUAGAUGCGAGCGGUGGCGGGGGAGCGCGGGGCAGAGGCCCUGGCGGGCCCAUAGUGAGCUCGAAGGCCAUGGUGAUGCGUGUGGAGUACGCCUUCUGCGCGUCGCUCACGCUCAUCGACACGCCCGGGUUCAUCCUCAAGGCGCGGCGAGGCGAGCCGGAGAGCACGCCAGCGGACAUAGAGGCGAUGGUGGUGGAGCUGAUGGCGCCGCCACACCGCCUCAUAGUGUUCCUGCAGCAGAGCAGCGUCGAGUGGUGCUCCUCACUCUGGCUCGACGUCGUGCGGCGGGCAGACCCCCAGCUGCGCCGCACGGUCAUCGUGGCCUCCAAGUUCGACAACCGUCUCAAGGAGUUCUCGGAGAGGUGGGAGGUGGAUCGCUACCUCAGCACAGGGGGCUACUUCCACUCCGCCCGCUCGCCGAUCCCUGCCUCUGCCACUGCGGCUGCUGCUGCGUCGCCAUUCUCAUCUCCCACGCCAGCCCCGCCAGCCCAGGGCUUGGUUAGCCCUGGCAGCACAGGCGGUGCUCCUCUGGCGCCCCUGCGAGGGCCCUUCUUCAUUGCGCUGCCCAAGGACAUGAGGGACAAGGACAAGAGCGCAGGGGGUGCUGGCGGCGCUGGUAGCACGGAGGGUGAGAGUGGUGGGAGCGAGAGUGUGCAGGAGAGUGCACGGCUGCGGCGGCAGAUAGCGGAGGUGGAUGCGGCGGUGCUGCACUUCCUGCGCAGCGAGGUGGCGGGGGGGUUCGACGAGCGGCAGUACGGCGGGCAGAUAGGGUUCGGCAAGCUCAAGGCGUUCCUGGAGGACGAGCUGCAGCGCAGGUACAGCGCAGCGGCGCCUGCAGUGCUCGCACAGCUGGAGCGGAGAUGUGCUGAUGUGGCAGAGCAGGUGGCGUGUGUGGAGCAGCGGCUGUGUGCAGCGAGUGACGUGGCGGCUAUGAGGAGGCUGGCAAUGCGGCACGUGGUGGCCACCACUAGCGCCAUGCUGUGUAUGUUGGACGGGGCAGUGGAGCCCGACCCGUCCCAGUGGGGCCUGACCACGCACGAGGAGCAGGCGGCCAGCGCUGUGGGCCACUGGCCGGGCGUGCCACCACACGCCUUCCAGCAGGCGGCACGCGCCCUCAGGCACUGCAAGGGGCGGGAUGGGGAGGACGAGGAGGAGGGCGAGGAGGAUGGCGAUGGGAGGGGGGGCAGCAUGGGCGGGGUGGUGAACGAGGGGCUGCGGCUGUAUGGCGGGGCGGCGCUGAUGAGAGUGGUGCACGAGUUUAGCAUCGCUGCGUGGGCCGUCUCCUGCCCCAACACCUCACGCGACAAGGUCGCGAAUGCCCUCCUGGCGAAGCAGUCCACGUUUGGGUGCAAUGGGGCGGGUGGUGUGUCGUCAGCAGCGGUGGCAGCGACGGCAACAGAGGUGGCGCGUGCAGCAGUGCUGGCGCGCUUUGCGCCGCUGAUGGACGCCCUGUGUGUGCGCAUCGCCUUCCUGCUGCGCCGCCUCCUCGACGUCGCCCUGCAGCGCGUCAAGUCCGAGUGCGAGGCCAAGCCAAGUCAGCACACGGACUUCUUCCAGCCACCCGCUGCCCAGCGCCAGGCGCACUCGGCAGCAUCAGGAUCAUGGUCGGCAUCAGCAGCGCUGCCGCCAUGCGUGGCGCUGGAGCCGUUCCUGGGCUUUCACUCCGCCCUGCGCUCUGCCUAUGACGCCUUCCUCGCCUCCCUCUCCUCACGCUGCCGCCAGCUGGCUCAGCACCACGUGCGCUCCGCUGCCUGCCACCUGCUGGGGCCCGCUGCUGCUGCUUCUGUGGUGCCUCAGGCGCACGGAGCAUCCGUGCUGCCGCCUGCCCCGCUGGGCCUGCGCCUGCCCCUGGACCUCCAGAGCCACACGCCCCUGCCCUCUGCCACCACGCGGGCAGGGAAGGAGGGCAUAUGUGCAAGGGCAGCAGCAGCCGGUGCAGAUGAGAACGCCGGGAGGGCAGAGAGGGGGGCGGUGCCUCGCCAUGGACGGAUUCCCCUGUAUCCCGCUGCUCCUGCUGCUGCUGCUCACAACACGGCGAGUGCGAGGGCUGAGACGUACUCAACGCCAGUCAAAGGCGGUGCUGCUGCCGCGUGCGCUGCAGGUGCUGGUGGUGCGGGAGGGGGUGCAGAGGCUCAGGCGCUGCGGGAGUGCCACAUGACGGUGCCAGAGACACCCUCGCCUGACCUGCAUGCCAGGGAGGAAGCAACAGCGGCCAAGUGGAAGGAGUAUGCAGAGAUCAGCGGCCGGCUGCUCUUGGCGGGUAGCGGGCUCGCUGGGUCUGGAGCGGGGUUGACAGGGCAUGGGGCAAGGCAGUCAGGUGGCAGUGGAAGGGAAGCAGGCAAGGGGAAUGGCAUGGAAGGGACAGGCAACAGAUCUGCAGGAAGGGAAGGGGAAGCGGUUGGAGCAGGGGGGUGUGGCGAGGGACCAGGGGAGAGGGGCGCGCGAGGAGAAGAGCCGACAAUGAAGAGCGACUACGAUGUGGGUGGUGGCAGGGGUAGCAAGCGCACUGUCGGUGGCGUGCUCAAUGAUCCACACGCUGGGGCUGCAUCGAAGAAGAGACAGGAGGGGGGGGGGCACAGGGAUGGCGGGAAGGAGAUUGCGAAGAGCAGAGAAGGGAAGGGAGUUGAAGGUGGAGGAAUGAGCAAGUCUGGGUACAGCCGAGUGAAGGAGAUGGUGGAGAUGGAAUUCCAAGGCAUGAAAAUGACCCUCGCAUCGCAUGCACCCUUUGCCAUCCUCUCAGCCUUUCAGACACCCUUCCGCGAGGGUGUGGCGGCAUGGCUGCUGGAGGCACUGUUUGCGCGGUGUGAUGCGGAGGUCAUGGCCAUGUUCACUGCACCUGCCGCUGUCAGCAAGAUGCAGGCCGAGCAGGAGGCAGCCACGCACAGAAUGGAGUCUCUCGCCAAGUGCCUGGACGACUUCCGGUCAGCAUGUGAAUCAAUCCAGUAGAGCAUGGAUUGGCAUGGGGGAUCAUGCCUCCAUCUGAUGCUGGAGCGUGCUUGGGCUGCCCCAGGACGGUUGGUGAUGGUGAUGGUGAUGGAGCCACUUGUAACACAGGGCGUUCGCCAACAGGUUAUUCUGCCAAUACUCUCUCCACAAAUUGGAGACAAUGGGAUGUCUUAUGGCGGGUUGCUGUUGUAU